AUGGAACCGUUACAGGGAUUUCUUCGAGCCGGACGUAUUCAGUCUAUUUCGCUUCGUCUUGAUGGUACUCAUAAAGCAUCGAAGCGAUCAAUAGAAAUUUACUGUCGUCCAGUGGAUAAAAGGACAGAGGCUGAGUGUCGUCGAUGGUUUCUAGCACCAAUAGAAAUGGGAGAAUCGAAUGAUCAACUUGCACAAACAUUGCGAAUCAAAACAAGCACUGGUUUCACACCUCUUGAGACAGUUCUUGACCUUCCGUGUCGAGCGAUUGCCAUUCAAGCAGAGCAGCAUCCAACACUUCUCACUAAUGAUUCGGAUACAGUAACCGCUCAUCAAAUUGAUAGCGGAACAACAACUGCUUGUGAGAUAUCAGAAACCGAGGUGUUGGCAAUGCUCCCACCGGAUUGGGCACUGAAUACAGCACACGGAAUUGAUGAAAACAGUUGGAACCGGAAUAUUUUAUCGUGGCCUCGUCCUUCGUGUAGAUGGCUUGAGAAAUUCUUCGAUUCAAUCUUUCCACCGGAUGAAACACAAGAAACAGUUCCACCCUGUACAGCAAGUCGAUAA